AUGGCGUACGUUUGGUCCAACGAACAAGAGCAGCCUGGCAACACUGGCUUUCGCAGCCCACAGCUUCCAGCGGAGGUGCAAGAGUUUGUCCAUACCUGGCUUGCUUGCGGGAACUUGGCCUUGGAAAUUCGCCACGCGAACGAUAUUGCUGCUCGCAGUUAUCACAACGUUCUCAAAUAUGACCCUGCCAAUAUCAACGCUCUACACGGCCUCACUACCGCCACGCUCUCCAGACCGCUCUUCGAACUAGACUUCAAUAAAGUGCACGAGCUCAUCGAAAUACUCAACUCAGCCUUCAACCAUUUUGUGCCCCUCAGAACCCACCCAGAGCUCAGGCGUGAUUUAGCUAAUUGCUACUUUGUUCUCGGAGACCUUGAGAAGGCGCGUUCCAUCUUGCUCACGACGCUGGAGAUCUCCCAGCCCACUGCCUCCAUCUGGUUCACUUUGGGCCAGACGGCCCACCGAAUGAACAUGCUGCCCGAGGCCACCGAGAGCUUCAAUCUUUGUCUUAGGGCGGCGUCAACAACGCCCGAGCUUGUAGAAAUGGCGCGCAAGGCGCACCUCGAGCUUGCGGCUAUUGCCAACAAACAAAACAAAAGAGAUCUUGCGGUAUCGGAAUUUACCGCAGCCGUCUCGCUCCCGCCGCCUCCUUACGACCAGUUUAGGGAAUAUGGGUUUAUGUGGGGGCUUUUGGCCUUGUCUCACGAGAAAGCUGGCGACCUGAACGCUGCUGUGGCUACAUGCUUGAAAGGUUUGGACACUGUGGGCGAGGACUCGAUGCUCCUCCUGCUGCAGGCGCAUUUUCUUUUACAGCAGAAUUCCUCGGCAGACAACCUUCAGAACGCCACGAAUCUCUUGCAACGGGUGAUACAGAUCAGAAAUAGAGAGUCUGAGCCCUCCUUCCUCUCCCAUUACCUGCUUGGACGCGCAUGCAUCCUGCAGGACGAACCCACAAAAGCAUACAAAUCGCUACAAGUUUCUCUGAACCUGGCACCACAAUCCGCACUCCCAUGGCUGACGAUUGGCAGCUUGUACCUUAGGCUGAACCAGCUCACUGACUCCCUGAACGCAUACUCACAAGUGAUCAAGAACGCACCCAAGAACCACCAAAUGGCCAACGCAUUAGCGUGGGAAGGUCUUGGACAGGUGUACGAGAAAUGUGAGAACCAGUCGCAGGACGCUAUCGACUCCUACACACGUGCCGCCGAGUGCUACAAACUGUGCAACAGACCAGAAAUGGCCGAGAAAAUGGCGGCCUUUGUGCGCAACUUGGAAAACGGUAAGCACAACCAGCAGUCGCUGCCGCAGGACAUGCCUCACUGGGUGAUCAACGAAUCGCUUUGGGAACAAGUGUUUGAGAAUUUCGAAACUCCUACGUUCACUACUGUGCAGCUAGUCCAGGCCUCUUCCGAGACACCCACCGCGAUCAUGUCAAACUCUCCACAUGGUGCAAAGAGCGGCAGUCCAAGAUCCCCGUUGCAGGCCGACAUGACCCCUGUGUACGGCCCUCAAGCUCCGCCGGCAGCAUCUGCUAGAGUUAAUCCGAUGAUUCCACCUCAUCCGCGCGCUUUUUACAUCUCCCAACAGCCAAUUCACCCGGUUAUUUCACCCCACUACCGGCCAUUUUUACGAGGGGGCCCGGUGUACUCCUACCCGCCGCUUUUCACAGCUCCGCCGCCUGCAAUUGAGGCUGCGGACAUGAACUACCACUAA